GAAAACAAAGCUGGCGAAAGAGGAGAAAUAAAAGCAAGCUAUGUGUGGAAGAGGAAGGUGUACUCUGCGACCGGAUGCCAUUGCUCAGGCCUGCCAUUUCAACUCUCGCCCCAUCCGCCAUGUCGACAUCGAUCGGUAUCGGCCGUCGUACAACGUCGCGCCGGGGUUCAACGUGCCGGUAGUUCGACUAGGCGACGGCGACGGCGACGGCUUCGUUUCGCACUGCAUGAAAUGGGGACUGGUUCCUAAGGAAACUGAUGAAAUCGAUCACUUUAAGAUGUUCAAUGCGAGGUGUGAAUCGAUAUGAGAGGAGCCAUCCUUUCGUCGACUUCUUCCAAAGAACAGGUGUUUGGUAUCGUUUGAAGGGUAUGUAUAUUUUAUGAAUGGAAGAAGGAUGGGUGUACGAAGCAACCUUACUACAUACACUUUAAGGACGGUCGUCCAUUGGUUUUUGCUGCUCUAUUCGAUUCUUGGAAAAAAUCAGAAGGAGAAACGCUUUACACCUUCACCAUUAUCACAACUUCAUCCUCGUCAUCUCUGGAAUGGCUUCAUGAUAGGAUGCCUGUAAUCUUGGGCAGCAAAGAAUCAACUGAUUGGUGGCUGAAUGAUUCUUCUUUGUCCAAUCUUGACAAAAUACUCAAACCAUAUGAAGAAACAGAUUUGGCCUGGUAUCCUGUCACUCCUGCUAUUGAUGAAAUUUCUUUUGAUGGACCCGAGUGCAUUAAGGAGGUAAAACUGGAGGAGACCAAGACAAUCUCUCAGUUGUUCUCAAAGAAACAAGCAAGCAAAUCGGAGGAUCAAACACCUGAAAAAACACUGAUCAAAGAAGAGCUUCAGGAAUGUAUUACACCAGAAAUUGAGAAAGAUAAACAUCAAAAGCAAUAUACAGUUGAAAGCGCUUCACUGAAGGAUGAAGCUAGUGAUACGGAAGAACCAAAACAAGAAACUACGAAGAUGGAGUUAAUCGAGGAUGAGAAUUUAAGGCUCCUAACUCUGAAGAAGAGAGAGGAAGAGGUAAAGCAGGAACUCUACCAACUCACAACUCUUUGUGACGUCCCCGCCUGCCUGAUCAUCCACGACCCUGCCACCAACUCAACCUCCAUCUGGCCGGAGGAUUCUUCCCAAGUCCGCGGCCUAAUCGACUCCUACAAGGCCGAUCCCAGUGCCGUUAGGGCGUAUGGGGUGUCCGAUUUCAUCAGCAAGCGGCAGAAGAAUGCCGAGGAGAAAGUCGUCAAUCUGCGGAAGACGAAUGCGGAGAGAAAAUACCCCACCCGGAGAAAGUCAUCAGUUGCGGGAAUUGAACGCCGCGUUGCGCGCCAAGGCCCAGGCCGUUCGGUCAAGGAUCGAGUUCUUGAAACGGGAGGCGGAGAUGAUGAAGACAAACAACAAUGAGAUGCUUGAUUUGGACGAGUCAGAAGACAUUGAUCAAGAUGAAACCAGAUGCUUCUAAUUGUGUAUUCCUUAUGUUGUUAAUAUUCAAGAAUGCAAUUGCACUGUUUUUUAUAUAGUCACUGACACUGAUAAAUAUUCUUGUUUCUUGAUUACCAAGCUUCGAUAUUUUGUGCAA